GGGGCCGGGCGGGGCCAGCGGCGCAUUAGCGCCUUGUCAAUUCGGCUGCUCAGACUUGCUCUGGCCUCAGCGUCCGCGCCCAGCGACGUGCGGGCGGCCUGGCCCGCGCCCUCCCGCGCCCGGCCUGCGUCCCGCGCCCUGCGCCGCUGCCGCCGAGCCGCCGCCAGCCGCGCGCCCCGGGCAGCGCCGGCCCCAUGCCCGCCGGCCGCCGGGGCCCCGCCGCCCAAUCCGCGCGGCGGCCGCCGCCGUUGCUGCCCUUGCUGCUGCUCUGCGUCCUCGGGGCGCCGCGAGCCGGAUCAGGAGCCCACACAGCAGUGAUCAGCCCCCAGGAUCCCACGCUUCUCAUCGGCUCCUCCCUGCAGGCCACCUGUUCAGUGCACGGAGACCCACCAGGAGCCACCGCUGAGGGCCUCUACUGGACCCUCAACGGGCGCCGCCUGCCCCCCGAGCUCUCCCGGGUGCUCAACACCUCCACCCUGGCCCUGGCCCUGGCCAACCUCAACGGGUCCAGGCAGCAGUCGGGGGACAACCUCGUGUGCCACGCCCGAGAUGGCAGCAUCCUGGCUGGCUCCUGCCUCUAUGUUGGCCUGCCCCCAGAGAAACCCUUCAACAUCAGCUGCUGGUCCAAGAACAUGAAGGACUUGACCUGCCGCUGGACGCCAGGGGCCCACGGGGAGACCUUCCUCCACACCAACUACUCCCUCAAGUACAAACUUAGGUGGUACGGGCAGGACAACACAUGUGAGGAGUACCACACAGUGGGCCCUCACUCCUGCCACAUCCCCAAGGACCUGGCUCUCUUUACGCCCUAUGAGAUCUGGGUGGAGGCCACCAACCGCCUGGGCUCGGCCCGCUCCGAUGUGCUGACGCUGGAUAUUCUGGACGUGGUGACCACGGACCCCCCGCCCGACGUGCACGUGAGCCGCGUCGGGGGCCUGGAGGACCAGCUGAGCGUGCGCUGGGUGUCGCCACCCGCCCUCAAGGAUUUCCUCUUUCAAGCCAAAUACCAGAUCCGCUACCGAGUGGAGGACAGUGUGGACUGGAAGGUGGUGGAUGAUGUGAGCAACCAGACCUCCUGCCGCCUGGCCGGCCUGAAACCCGGCACCGUGUACUUCGUGCAAGUGCGCUGCAACCCUUUCGGCAUCUACGGCUCCAAGAAAGCGGGGAUCUGGAGUGAGUGGAGCCACCCUACAGCCGCCUCCACCCCCCGCAGUGAGCGCCCGGGCCCGGGCGGCGGGGCGUGCGAGCCGCGGGGCGGAGAGCCGAGCUCGGGGCCGGUGCGGCGCGAGCUCAAGCAGUUCCUGGGCUGGCUCAAGAAGCACGCGUACUGCUCCAACCUCAGCUUCCGCCUCUACGACCAGUGGCGAGCCUGGAUGCAGAAGUCGCACAAGACCCGCAACCAGGACGAGGGGAUCCUGCCCUCGGGCAGACGGGGCACGGCGAGAGGUCCUGCCAGAUAAGCUGUAGGGGCUCAGGCCACCCUCCUUGCCACCGGAGUUGGAGAGGCCAAACCCAAACUGGGGCCACCUCUGUACCCUCACUUCAGGGCACCUGAGCCCCCUCAGCAGGAGCUGGGGUGGGCACUGAGCUCCAAUGGGCUGAACAGCUCUGACUCCCACAUGAGGCCAGCUUCGGGUGCACCCCAGUGUGGGUGUGUGAGGGUUGGCUGAGUUACCUAGAACCCCUGCCAGGGCUGGGGGUGAGAACGGGAGUCACUUCCCCCUACCCAGGGCCCCUCCAAAAUAGUCCUUUUAAAUAAAUGAGCUAUUUAGGUGCUGUGA